AUGUGCGACCCCUUCCCCGCCGAAGAGGCGGCGACCAGCACCAUCUUUCGCUGCAAGUUCCCGGGUUGCCUCCGCAGCUACGGGAGCACUGACGCCGCGCGAAAGCACGCGCGGAAGACGCACCCGGACUGGCUCAAGCUGGCGGACGCCGCGGCGGCGAAGCGGGUUCGGGGUGGCCCGUCGACAAAGUCGUCCUUCUACUGCGCCCGAGAGGAGGCGCCCCUCCUCUCCCCCUCCUCCGCCGUGCCAAACGGCGGCCUGCUGCGGCUUGACUCGGCUCUCGAGCGGCUUGGCGGCUCGCUCGCCGCAACCGCCGCGUUUGGCGACGCCGCUGCGCCCCCCUCCUCCGCCCCCGGGCUGCCCUCUAGCCUGCCCUCCCUCUUCAGCUUGGGCGACGGGGUGGGCUGGGGGGCGGGGGCGCCUGCGUGGGCGUGGCCCGAGCCGCUCCCGCCGCUCCUCGGCGGCGUCGGGAGCGACUCUCCGGGCGGCUGGGAUGCCCUGCCCGCAGACCGAGUGGCAGACUCGUUGUCCUUGCCAGCGCUCAAGGCUCACGCCGCCGCAGACCUGGCGCGUCUGGCGGAGCUCAAGCUGCUGUCGCCGCUCAAGGCCUCGCCCUUCAAGCGCCCCAAGCUUGGCGCCGCGGGCGACGGCUUCGCUUUCCCCCCCGCCCCCGCGCUGGGCGGGUGCGACGGCGGCUCGCUCGCGGCGCUGCUGGCCGAGUCGUACGGAGGAGGGCUGGGCGGCGAGACGCCGGGCGGCGGGAGGCUGGGCGGCGGGGGGGCAUGCGGCGGCUUGCUGCAGCUCCGCGAGUGCGGCGCAAUCUCGGGCGUCGAGAUCGGCACGUUGCGCGUCGAGAUCGGCACCACCUCGCGGCCGUCGAGCCCCUUUGACGUGCUCGGCGCCCUCCUCUCCGUCUAG